AACGUGACGCGAUUAGUCUUUUAGACUGACCACUUCCGCCCUGUUCAUUCAACGCGUGCUUCUCUGCGCAGCUGUGUUAAUCAGAAGUCAGUAUGAAUCAAGAGAAACUGGCUAAACUUCAAGCCCAGGUCCGGAUAGGGGGCAAGGGAACAGCACGCAGGAAGAAGAAGGUGGUGCACAGAACAGCAACGGCUGAUGACAAGAAACUCCAGAGUUCAUUAAAGAAGCUUGCGGUCAAUAACAUAGCUGGCAUUGAAGAGGUGAAUAUGAUUAAAGAUGAUGGCACGGUCAUUCACUUCAAUAACCCCAAAGUGCAGGCGUCUUUGUCUGCUAAUACGUUCGCCAUCACAGGCCACGCAGAGACCAAACAGCUUACGGAAAUGCUCCCGGGAAUCCUCAGUCAGCUCGGCGCUGACAGUCUCACAAGUCUGCGCAAACUCGCCGAGCAGUUUCCCAGACAGGUUCUCGACAACAAAGCUCCGAAAGCAGAAGAUAUCGAUGAAGAAGAUGAUGAUGUCCCAGAUCUUGUAGAGAACUUCGACGAGGCAUCAAAGAACGAGGCAAACUGAACGUUGGGCCUUCAGUAACUGCUGUUCAGGGCAAAGUCUCCUGCAGGAUUUUUAAAUUAGUGACAGACAUAUCAUUUCAACACUAUUAGUGAAACCAGAGACUAUUAUAUUAUAAAUUGGCUGUUUCAGAUCCAUGCCUGUCCUUUCUCCUGCAUUUAUACAGAAGGAUGGAUGGUUACAUGAAUGCUUAACAGUUAUAAAUCUUACCCACAUUGCUAGUUGAAAUGCUAUAAAUGCUAUAAAAAUUAGUCUUAUUUUUUUUUCUGUUGAUUAAAUAAAAAAUAAA